GUUACAGACUUUAUUCAUUUUGGUGCCGAGACCAUUGAAUAUAAUUCUGUUACUAGUAAGCCUGAUGUCAAAAUGGAUUUGACUGUGAUUUAUCCUUCCCAAUCUUCUCGGUUUAAAUAUUUAGGCCCUUCGGGUUCAAAUAUUAAGCUACGGUCUACAUAUUUUAUAUCGGGUCUCUUUAAAUUUUCUAAAACCGUAAAAAUGAUGAUUGAAGCUACUGACAUCGAUUAUCUAAGAACUUCAUCUAUCAAUAUUACCACAUCCAAAAGCUCUUCUUUGACGGCAUCUAAUAAGCCAUCAAUUAUUGAUAUUAUUGAUGAUGACAUCGAUUCGACUGUCAUCCAACCAAAGCAACGUGUUGAAUCUUCUUCAAGUUCUCAAGAUAUUAACCAGCCGUUUGAUACAAAUAUUCACAAUCAAAAAACUGCAGAAUUAGAUGAGGAUGCAAAUUCACAAGAUGAUAUUGAAGAUCUUGAUGAAGAAGCUCAACCUAAAAAAAAAGAAAGUUUGCUAGAGGAAAACUGA